UGUCUGUGAAAACAAUCCAAUGGUGUCUAUGUAAUUUUCCACUACUUGUUCUGAUUCUGAUGAGUUUGCAUUUUGCAAGCUCUAAAAUCGGCUUUUUGGAGGUAAACAGCAUCCAGUCUGCAGUUGUUGACACUGUUGAAGAUGCAGUUCCAACGAAUACUGUCUCUGACAAAAUGAAACCUCUUCUCUAUCAGCUGCAGUUAGCUUUGGCUCCUCGGGAACUCAUGAUGAUAUCAAGUGAAGAAGCGAAGAAGCCAACAGGUAUCAUCAAGAAUGGUGAUUUAGAUAAGACGGAUGAUGAAGCAGUGGUGAAACCGGUUCUGCCAGUGAACAUUGAACCAGAGCAAAAGGAAGUGCAGCAAGAUAUUGUUGACAUGUACACGAAAAGCUUGCAGGAAUUUACUGAAUCACUGUUUAAGAUUAAACUCGCUUUGGACAUCGAUAGCCCGACCCAUCAGAGAACUCAAGCUCCUCCCAGCAGACGCCAAAGAGUGCUAGCUCCCGUGUGUUCUACGGUAGUAGAGCCUUCAUCUGAAGCUCGGAGAUCAUCUAUAGUGUGGCAUCAGAAGUAGCAAGCAAGUAGUGAAAGUGUAAUAAGUUAAAAGUAGACUAUCCAAAAUGUGUAACUAUCUUCCUUUGAUGCCUUUAGCUUUUCUUGUUAUCUGCAACUUUUCCAAUUUACAGUAGUACUAAAGUUUCGCAAUCUCG